AUGAUGAUGAUGGCAUUUUCCCAGAAAGCCAUCUUCUUCCUGUUUCCCUUGAAAUCCCAUCCUGCUUUUCCUGUACACUACCCCUCACAAACCACAAGCUGCAGCAACAUGGAUGCCCAGCCUGGAGCAGCAGCAGCCAGGAUGACUUGGAGCCAGGGGGGCCUUCGGAACAGAUGCACACCCUUCCUGGGUGAUGUUUUUCAGCUUCGUGAGGAAUCUUACCAUCAAAGACAAUGGCCAGCAAUGUUACCAACAAGACGGAUCCUCGCUCCAUGAACUCCCGAGUAUUCAUUGGGAAUCUCAAUACGCUUGUGGUCAAGAAGUCUGAUGUGGAAGCAAUCUUCUCUAAAUAUGGCAAAAUUGUGGGUUGCUCUGUUCAUAAGGGCUUUGCCUUCGUUCAGUAUGUUAAUGAGCGAAAUGCCCGCGCUGCUGUGGCAGGAGAAGAUGGCAGAAUGAUUGCUGGCCAGGUUUUAGAUAUUAAUCUGGCUGCAGAGCCAAAAGUGAACCGAGGAAAAGCAGGUGUGAAACGAUCUGCAGCGGAGAUGUACGGGUCAGUACCAGAACACCCUUCUCCGUCCCCUCUACUCAGCUCCUCUUUUGACUUGGACUAUGACUUUCAACGGGAUUAUUAUGACAGGAUGUACAGUUACCCUGCUCGUGUUCCUCCUCCUCCUCCUAUUGCUCGGGCUGUAGUGCCCUCGAAACGCCAGCGUGUAUCAGGAAAUACAUCACGAAGGGGCAAAAGUGGCUUCAAUUCUAAGAGUGGACAGCGAGGAUCUUCUUCCAAAUCUGGAAAGUUGAAAGGAGAUGACCUUCAGACAAUUAAGAAGGAGUUGACCCAGAUAAAACAAAAAGUGGAUUCUCUACUUGAAAGCCUGGAAAAAAUUGAAAAGGAACAGAGCAAACAAGGAGUAGAGAUGAAGAAUGAUAAGUCAGAAGAGGAGCAGAGCAGCAGCUCCCUGAAGAAAGAUGAGACUAAUGUGAAGAUGGAGUCUGAGGGGGGUGCAGAUGACUCUGCUGAGGAGGGGGACCUACUGGAUGAUGAUGAUAAUGAAGAUCGGGGGGAUGACCAGCUGGAGUUGAUCAAGGAUGAUGAAAAAGAGGCUGAGGAAGGAGAGGAUGACAGAGACAGCGCCAAUGGCGAGGAUGACUCUUAAGCACAUAGUGGGGUUUAGAAAUCUUGUCCCAUUAUUUCUUUAUCUAGGCGCUUGUCUAAAAUCAAAAUUUUCACCAGAUCCUCUCCCCUAGUAUCUUCAGCACAUGCUCACUGUUCUCCCCAUCCUUGUCCUUCCCAUGUUCAUUAAUUCAUACUGCCCUGCGCCUAGUCCCAUUUUCACUUCCUUUGACGCUCCUAGUAGUUAUGUUAAGUCUCACCCUGUAAUUUUUUGCUUUUAAUUUUGAUACCUCUUUAUGACUUAACAAUAAAAAGGAUGUAUGGUUUUUA